CGCGUGUAUCGCUGCCGACAUUGACUUGGACUGCCCGCUUACCGCUCUGCUCUGGCACGACCACAGGGGGACAACUCCUGCUGCUUGCUGCUUGCCGCGCCUUCGCUCACGACAGACAUGUCUUCGCAAGAGGACGAGCCGCACGACGCCGACAGCAGCGCCCAGAACCUCAAGAAGAGACGGGUGCAGCGCGCGUGCGACGUCUGCAGACGCAAAAAGAUCCGAUGUGACGGAGGGCAGAUGCCGAACAACCGCUGCUCAAACUGCGUGACAUACAACUAUGAAUGCUCCUACAUCGAAGCUGCAAAGAAACGCGGCCCCCCUAAAGGAUACGUAGAAAGCCUGGAAACCCGUCUCGAGAAGAUGGAAAAGCUCCUCAACAAGCUGUGUCCCGACGCCGACUUUUCCAAGGAACUGGGCGGUCACUUUGACAAGGCCGCUUGGCUCGCCGAGCGCGACGACAGGGCUGGCCGGUCGACCGCUGCGCAAGGCGUCCAAGUCGUCUCGUCUGCCACUCCCCACGCACAGCCCACCGAUCCGGACGAGCUCGAGCCCAGCGACGACGAAGUCAUGGCGCACUACACGCUCGUCCAGAGUCUCCGUCGCAUGCGCAUCAACCCGAAUGCGCUCCGGUUCUUUGGAAAGUCGAGCAGCAUCAUGUUCGUCCGGACCGCCAUGGACCUGAAGCGGGAGUACUCCGGAAACAGCGAUGAGCCCUUACCAGAGGGUAUCCACGCCCGCCCGGAGCUGCUCUUCGGCCGUCGGCGCCAAGGCCACUACAGCCUGCAUCCCUGGCUCUCAGCGCAAAUGCGCGAAGAGCUGGAACCGCAUAAGCCACAAAACUUCCCCGAGGACGACCUGAUGUGGAAGCUGAUCGAUUUGUACUUUGUCAACGUCAACGUCUACCUCCCGUUCCUCCACCGGCCCACGUUCGAGAGAGGCGUCAGAGCCGGCCUGCAUCUCGACGACGAGGGAUUCGGGUCGACGGUGCUGCUGGUGUGCGCUAAUGGGGCACGCUUCACUGAUGAUCCGCGUGUGCUCCUGCCGGAUGGCGACAAGGGAGAGAAGAACAGCUUGUCGUGUGGCUGGGAGUGGUUCAAGCAGGUGCAGAUGAUCCGCAAGUCGCUGUUGGCACCUCCGCAGUUGUACGAUCUUCAGAUAUACUGCCUCACUGCGUUGUUCUUGCAAGGAUCCUCUGCCCCUCAAGCUUGCUGGACUAUCAUCGGCGUCGGCAUUCGCAUGGCUCAAGAUGUGGGCGCCCACCGCAAGAAAGUCUACAAUGCGAAACCAACAGUGGAUGAAGAGCUAUGGAAACGUGCAUUCUGGGUCUUAGUGGCAUUAGACAGGUCGAUGAGUUCUGCUCUUGGACGACCGUGUGCGAUCCAAGAUGAGGACUUCGAUCUCGACCUGCCGACGGAGUGCGACGACGAAUAUUGGGAAACCCCAGAUCCCGAUCUAGCGUUCAAACAACCUCCCGGGAAGCCGUCCGUGAUAGCGUUCUUCAACUGUUUCAUCAGACUGAACCAAAUUCUGGGAUUUGCACUUCGUACUAUCUACUCGAUAAAUAAGUCCAAGGCGCUGCUGGGCUUCGUGGGCCAGCAGUGGGAGCAGCACAUCGUGGCCGAGCUAGAUUCGGCUCUGAAUAAAUGGAUAGACUCUGUCCCUGAUCACCUGCGAUGGGACCCGAACAGGGAGAACAUCACGUUCCUGAACCAAUCCGCCCACCUCUACGCUUCUUAUUACAUGCUGCAGGUCUCCGUGCACCGUCCGUUUAUCCCUUCCCCGCGCAAGCCAUCACCGCUAUCCUUCCCAUCGCUCGCUAUCUGCACCAACGCUGCACGAUCAUGCACGCACGUCAUGGACAUCCAAUACAAACGCACCGGUGGCCCUCUGUAUCUCAACAUGAUGGCGACGUUCACCUCUGGGAUCGUGUUGUUGCUCAACAUUUGGGGCGGUAAGCGGUCGGGGCUCUCGACGGAUCCUAAUAAGGAGAUGGCCGAGGUGCAUAAAUGCAUGAAGAUGCUCAAGUGCAUUGAGCCCCAGUGGCACACAGCUGGCCGGCUGUGGGAUAUCCUAUACGAACUUGCGUCCGUAGGCGACCUGCCUCUACCGGGCACACCCCCGAGCCACAAGCGCGAACGAGACUCAGACAGCCCCAAAUCCUCCACAUCGAACGCCUCGAACGCCCCAACACCCUCCGACCUCCCCACCAUGGACACCACACAACGCAGCAUCGCAGGCUCACGACGAGUCUCACGAGACACAUCCUCAAUGGCCGCAUCCAUUUUCGGGCGGCAGCCUAUUUCGCCGCAGGUCGUGACAAGCCCCGAGGGGCCCAUCAACGGGCUUGAUCAGCCCAACAUGCACAGCUUCGCGCUCCCUAUUCAUAGCGACGAGCUUGGGCGGCUGCCGUUGCACCCCGGGUUCUCGAUGGACGGCCAUGUGCACUCGCCGAUGGGCAACGCGUGGUACACCGCAGGCCCAUCCAGCGCCGUCUCCCCCCUCGCGAGCACCUCGCAAGCGGGCGCGCUGAACGGCGCCGAGCUGGACCCGGCGCUCACGUCGCUGUUUGCGAUGCCGAACCCGAACAUGUACGGCUCGAUCUUCAGCGCGAUGCCGGGGCAGUAUGCGGCGCCGAGCCCGCAGGACUUUUCGUCGCAGAUUCAGGGCAUGCAGGACCCCGGCGGUGCUAACCUGCCUGGUGGUGUGCAGGGCGCGGGGUCGUCGUUUACGGAUAAUACGCUUGCGAUGUGGUCGGCUGCGCCGAGUGGGUUUGAGUGGGACGAUUGGGGGUCGUAUAUUAGUAGCGUUAGUGGGUUGAACAAUCCGAUGGGGUCGGGUCCGUCGCGGCCUGCUGGAGGGUGAUGGUUCGUUUGCAUGAUGGUGAACAGUGCUAUUUUAUAUCUGCUAGUGUAUCUCAAGUUUCGUGUUACCGUGAUUUUUGAAUGUAGCUGUACGUUCUUGUCUUAUCUGUCUUCC